CAUUGGCUAGAAUUAAUCGUUAUGCAAAUACGUUUUCCAUGACAACAGGAAUAUUUUGUUGAAACGUCUGACGUUUUAAAAGCGUAACGGCCAAAACUUGUGAUUUGAAUUUAUUUAAUCAAUUUUGUCUACAAAAUAUUGUUGAAACGUUUUAAUUGUGUGAUGUUUGAAUAUUAUUUUCUAUAACAAGAUGGAAGCUAACGAUUUCUUAGCAAAAAUAAAAGCGAACGGCGACAAAAACGAUUGGAAUAACUUAACCAAAGUGUACAAUGAAUAUAAAGUGAUUGCAUCGAAAUUAUCUACAAAAGAAAGAGGUGCUUUCUCCCUAAAUGUGCUGUGUUUACUGUGCAGAAACCUGGACAAAGCACCGUCAUGGCGAGACAGCAUAGACAACAAAGAGCUGCUAACUCUAACCAUAGACUGCAUCAGGGAGACGAGGGGACUGAACAAGGCUGAACAGGUCAAGACAUUGGCCUGCAUCUAUCAUAUACAUAGAUAUGUUGUCAGAUUGAACAAACAAAUACCUCCAGAAUUGAUACUCAAACUAUCUUUCAUGGCUUUCGAAGCGGAACCAAAGAAUCUUUUAAAGGAAUAUAGCAAAACGUAUUGGAACUUAAUAGCAGACAGACUCUGCUAUAUAGAAAAGCUUAAAGGCAAAUCUGUACACAAAUUACUACCAAAAUUGACUGAAGAUGUUAUUAAAACCGUUGAAAUAUAUGACAGUGCUCAAUUCUGUGCGAAUAUACUAGUGUUUUUAGUCAAGAAAUUGCACUUCAUAUACAGCGAAUCUCACUCUGAACAGCUUAAUGGCUGUUACAAGGAUAUCUUUGAGAAAUUAUCACAGAAAACCGAUUUGAAUGCCAUCAAAAAGCUUAAAGAGAAAGAAUUAUUAGAUUUGUAUGCGAAAUUCAGCGAUUGUUUCUAUGUUGUCGCUGAGAAUUCUUCUAAGAAUAGUUUUAAGCAGUCCGCUGUUAAUUCCGCUGUGAGAACGGCUAUAACUCUUCUUGGGCAUAAGCCGGACUUCUUUCACUGUCUCCAAACCUUCUAUUUGAACUCAUUCUGCGAUAUUUUCCUAAAUAGAACCACAUAUUUGGAUGCCGUCUUCAAAAACCUUACCUUGUCUUGUGAUAUUACUGUCAAACUGGGUUAUGAGACAACAAUGGUCACUUCUUACCCGUUCCUAGCUCAAUUCUUAAGAUUAUUCAUCGAAUACUCCGUCAACAAUGGUGUUAAGACUAAUUUCACAGUGGAAGUGCAAGAGAAUUGCCUGAAUUUCAUGCUAAAAUUACUGAAAGAGUUGGCAAACUGCGAACAGUUGUUAAAAUGCGAAAAUUGUGUAGUGAAAACUGGUUUGCAUGAUGCCUUGAGGCUGUCUUUCUUAGUCAAGCAUUUCAUCUCGGCUUCUAUACAGCAAAGUAUUGAUAUAACGAACCUAUUACCUCUAUAUAACAGUGUUAUAGAACAACAAUACUCAAUUAUGGCCCAAUUAAAGCGACAUAAAUGUGCAAACUAUGAAAAGUUUUACCGUAAACUGCAAACAGACACACACAACACCGCUAUAGCAUUAAACAAGAAUAAAAACUACGAAUUUUCAAUUAAAUUAUUCGAGAUUUAUAUAAAAAAUGAGUUGAGCAUUAAUUUUAAUGAGUUUGAGCAUAAAAAUGUGGCUCGAGCAUUUUAUAACAAGAGCAUAUGUGAGUUAGACUAUAGGAAGCAUGAGCAAGCGUUAUUAGAUGCUUUUUUGAGCUUGAUUUUCGCUAAAGAGAUUAAUUCUGAUAAGUAUAUGAGUUUAGUGAUGGAUAUUAAGGCGAAAGCCCUGAAGAAUGAUGAUGACGAUGACGCUGAUGACAGGUCUGAUGACCUUCAGAUGACCUCUGUGGUGGAUGCGUGUAGAAUUGUCGUGGAAAAUAAGUUGUAUGGAGAUUUGAAGCCGUUUUUGAAAGGUGUUCAGUUUAGUUCACUCCUAAAGCACGAGUUUGACAUGUACUGCAAGUUAUGGCCGUCGAUUGCACCGGUGGCUGGAGUUUGGCGCGCACUUCAUUCUCUGCUUAAUGGCAGACGAGAGGAAUGGAUCACUGCAGAAAGCACAGAGUCAAUAUUUUGGACGCUGCUACAAGUGGUGUCGUUGACUCCCGCGGCGGUGAGGACCAUCCACGCCGACCAAUACAAACUGGUGGUAGCAGAGUUAUUGGAGAAGAUCGAGAAAAUGGCUGAGCCAAUAUCCUCAGACGUGCGACUCGCCCAAACCAUUCUACUGUUCCUUCAAGCUGAGUAUGAUAUAGCGGAGGCCACCACCAAAUAUAACUGGAAAGCUACUGAGACGAACAUAGACCCAGAUAACCAACAAGCGAUGCGCACGCUGCCCCAGGAACAGACCGCGCUACGCAGAGCUUUGCAGGCUGUCGAAAUAUGGACUGAGCUAUUGGCAGUUAUUAACACAGUGACCAUCAGACCCCUGUUACGGCCGGCGCUGGCCCUGUCGGACAUAUUCGUGCAACAGUUGCAGUACUACAGCAGGCCGGCGCACGCGCUGCAGCUGGCGCACGUAUGUUGCCGGCUCGCUGCGUAUUUGGAUGAUAAAGUGACACACAUACGCAAUGCCGGUGUUUUGCUCUCGACUGUCCAACAAUCGGACGCGCUGCAAGAGACACUCUCCCAGGCGACUGAAUAUUUUAGCGAAAUCAUGAAAAACGCUGAUAAUACUGAAUGCGGAGUUAUUUUCCUGUGUGAUGUCGCGAUUUAUUACUUGAACUCUGGCUCGAUGAAUGUAGCGGCGAAACUAGUGCAGCUGGCUCAACUUAGAUUAGUGUCUGCUUACGACAAGUUUCCUGAUAUUAACCUCGAUUUAGCAGUGGGCCGUCUCAUGGAAGCGCAGACAAUGCUAGUUCGGGACUCCAGUCCAACCAUUUUGAGCGGCGUCAACGGAACCCAGCGGCAUUAUAUGUCUAUUUCUAAUACUGCGUCAAAAUGGCUACCCCGUCGUCUCCGCUCGUUAUGCAUAAAGCGCGGUAUAUCGUCGAGCUGCGCGCGCGCCGUGCGCGUGUGUCGGCGCCUGCAGUGGUGGCGCCGCGCGCGCUGCGCAUGCGCGGUGGCCGCCGCGCACUGCGCCGCGCACACACAGGCCAGCUUGUAUGCAGACAUCGUGCAUGUGCACAAGAUGGAUGAUGCUCAGGUGAAAAUCGACAACCGCCUCAAGUACAUCCUAGGCCUGCCUCCGUCGAGCGAUCCACCAAUCAUACCGACAGAAGCGAAAAUCCAAAUGUUUGCACCGAAGCAAGACUUCGAGACGAUGCUAGAGUGCCAAUCGUUCAAAUCCCAAGUCAGUCCGACUAGGAAAUAUGUCACCAUACCCGGAUUUGUGUUACCUGACUUCUUUAAGCAUAAACAAUGUGACUGUUACGCUUGCGUUAACCCAUAUUGUCCCAUAAUUUUCUACACAACAGCUGGUCUAGAAGCGUCCAUGUAUUUUCGAGCGAACGAACAAGAAAUUGCUAAAAAUUACUUCAAUGGUGUUAUAAGGUCUUUUGAUUACUUUGAUACGAAGUUAAAAGCAGUUUUAACAUCAUAUACAGAGUUCGAUUUCGAGAAAUAUAUUAUAGAUCAUACUAGAACAAUGUUUGAAGAGGAAUUUAGGAAGGUGAAAUUAGAAAUUUUGAUCGAAGCGUCGUUUUUUGAGCUUAAAAAUGGUAAUUUUGAUGCUGCGGAUGAGUAUAUCGUGACUGUACAUGAGAUUUGCCAAGAUUUGCGACUAAAUGAUGUGUAUUUGAGCAAUGAAAUCCUGAAUUUGAUGAUAGCGUCAGCUAAACUGAGGAAUGUGGUCAAAAAACAAGCGUUUGAUUUAGAAACUGAGUUCGAAAAUCUUAAAUUGAGUCCGAAAAUGAAGACUGAAGGGGAUAAAACGCCCGUAUCGAAGGCCAAACUCCCCCACUUAUCGGCUAGAAAGGUGAAAGAUGAGGAGUUACCGAAAAAACGUAAAGUUAUAAAACUUAACCUCGACGAAAACAGUUCGGAUGAGAAGGAAGAAAAACCGAAGCCAAGAAAACCGGUGUCCGAAUUCAAAAUACCGGUUCCGGUAACAUCGAAACCUGUUUUAGAGAUAUUGACACCGAGACCGUCAAGAAAACCGGUGAUCACAGUCACUGACACAGCGAAAACACCUAUAAACGAGAAGACAGACAAAUCUAAUGAAUUCUUUACCCCCAUUUCGACUCCUGAACAAUUCUUCACUCCAUUGAACACAAUAAAAACAUACUCAAAAUCUUCUUUAAGAAAAGGCUUAGUAAAAAAUCUGGAACAUGAGUUUGCGACACCUAAAGCUGUGUCGCAAAAGGAGAAUUCUAAAAACCUAGAUGCCCCUAGGUCUUCUAGGAAGGAGGAGAAAGAUAGGGCUUUGAAAAGAGCCACUAGUCCUGGUAAAUUGACUGAAAGUAAGACCCGCCCCCGUAGGCUAAGGCAACCUAAGUUAAAUGAAUAAGGGGGGAAAGGUAGGUCUAUUUCACAGUCUGAUUAAAGCUAAUAAUAGGGUAGAUUACAAUGUUUUAUUCUAAUGUCCGUCUUGUAGAUUAUUUUAAAACAUUACACACGUAUUUUUUAUUUUCUUACGGAAACAAAUACUUUCGUAGAUAUAUCGAUUUGAAAUAUUGCGUGACGUCACUUCUAGGUACGUUUUAUACGUAGAAAUGACGUAUUUGCUCCCACUCCUAAACUUUGAUACGUUUUAUCUAAGUAU